AUGUCUCCACAAUUCGAUGCCUCUCACUGGGCCUGCGUGGUCAUGCUCUUCGUUGAACCUACCUGGCAGGGCAUCUUGAAGUCUCUCUUUGCUCUAAAGAUCACGUCGUGCAGGUUCGAAAAGUCCUCAUGGCGACACAAUAUCCGAGUCAAGGGGCAGCACGUGGGAGUUGAAGAUUUCGGCCUAGGAUUUCUGCCUCCAGAGCUUGAACUGGAAGAUGCGAAAGCGAUCCUGAAUUGGAAUGCCUGCGAAGAGGCGCCCCGCGUUAUGGGACUGAUCUUGGAGGACAUCUUCGCAGGCCAUGCAGACAUCGGGAUCCUUUUCCUCCGAAUCCGCCCGCCAUUUGCAGUCCUCUACAAUACGCAAGGCGACAAGCCUCGUUAUGGCCACACGGUAGUCUUAGUCACCUUCCAUGAUGGUGAACGUUGGAUUUUGGAUAUGACCGCGGCGCAGUUUGGGGUCCGAUGCUGGAUGCGCGAAAGUGACUAUCGACGCUUGUGGCAGAAUGAGAAAGAUGCGGAGCUCGACCAGCAUCGCUCCAUGAGGGAGCUGUACGAAGAACGCAAAGAAGCAGAUGAAUUGUACGAUUAUGUGCGGGAGAUGGUGUUCGAGGACUACUGGUUGUACUUGUGGCACGUCGAACAAGACUCAAGUAUUCACCAGCUUGUGAAAGACGCCAUAGACGUUUAUGUAGACGUUUGCAAUCAGGAACAAAAGGAGAAAGCUUUGAUGAAGAUCAAAUCCUUGCGGGAGACCCUACAGACUACUGUGGAGGCCGUGACAAAGGAGUUCCGGAACUCCUUUUGA